UAUUAGUCAAUGUCAUAUAUUCUUCAUUGAAUUUAGUGCUGGAAGAAUGUAUGCAUCAGGUGUUUUUUAUUUCUCUCACAACUUUAUAUUUAAUUUCUGAUCCUGAAAAUUAUAUUUACCUGUAUACAACAUCUAUCCCUUUUAAACUAAAAAUCCUGCCUCUCCAUGUUUACAUAAGAAAUUCAGUUGUUCGUAGUUUGGAAACUAGAAAUGGAACGGGCCUCAGAAGGAAAGAAGAUAACAUCCAGAGCCAGUCUUCACAGCAUAAAGGCGGAGGGGGAGUAAGUUCUCAGGCCUGAGAAACACUGCUCUUCUAUUCAUGUGCUAGAUGGUUCCUGGCCCUGUGCAUCCGAUCAAUGUGUCAGUUCAAGAAACUCUGGUCUUGAACUUGAACAGAAAGAGAAGUGGAACUCAAAGAACUAGCUGCAAACUUCUGCUUCUUGGGGUUACAAUUCUGCAAGUUAAAAAGAAUAAUUUGUUUCCCACACCUUAACUUCCCUCUCGCAGACAGGAGGGCAGGUCUGUAUCAUCACUUUCUUUCAAGGCACUGCCUCGCUCCAUUCCCCAGCAAACACGACGAUUUAGUCAAUCCUGGAUUGAACUGCUGCUGUCCGUACAGGGUGUGUGUAGCUAGCAGAGCUCAGUAUGGCAGCAUUCGACUUCACAGGAGCCAAGUGUCACAACAGAGGAAGAGAACGUGUGUCUGUCCUCAUCCGAGCAUGUUUCAGUUUUGAUGCAUCGCAGGAAGAGGACACUGGUGCUUUAUUAAGAGGGAAACUGAAUAAGACUAAUGCCUCCUGAGAGUCACAGAAGCUGAAGGAGCAACUGCAGUUCUUCCGAAAUACCCAGAGAGAGGCAACGACAGACCAUGGGCAGCAUCGAACAAACAACUGAGAUCCUGUUGUGUCUCUCACCUGCUGAAGUUGCCAAUCUCAAGGAAGGGAUCAAUUUUGUUCGAAAUAAGAGCACUGGCAAAGAUUACAUCUUAUAUAAAAGUAAGAGCCACCUGCGAGCAUGCAAGAAUAUGUGCAAGCACCAAGGAGGCCUGUUCAUAAAAGAUAUCGAGGAUUUAGACGGAAGGUCUGUUAGAUGCACAAAACACAACUGGAAGUUGGAUAUGAGCACCAUGAAGUAUAUCAAUCCUCCAGGGAGCUUCUGUCAAGACGAACUGGUUGUGGAAAAGAAUGAAGAAAAUGGACUUUUGUUUCUAGAACUGAAUCCUCCUAACCCCUGGGAUUCAGAGCCCAGAUCUCCUGAAGAUUUGGCUUUUGGGGAAGUGCAGAUAACAUACCUGACUCAUGCCUGCAUGGACCUCAAGCUGGGAGACAAGAGGAUGGUGUUCGACCCUUGGUUAAUCGGUCCUGCUUUUGCCCGAGGAUGGUGGUUACUGCAUGAGCCUCCAUCUGACUGGCUGGAGAGGCUGUACCAAGCGGACCUAAUUUACAUCAGUCACAUGCACUCAGACCAUCUGAGUUACCCCACACUGAAGAAGGUUGCUGGAAGAAGACCAGAUAUUCCCAUUUAUGUCGGAAACACGGAAAGACCUGUCUUUUGGAAUCUGAAGCGGAGUGGUGUCCAGUUGACUAAUAUCAAUAUAGUGCCAUUUGGAAUAUGGCAGCAGGUAGACAAAAAUCUUCGAUUCAUGAUCUUGAUGGAUGGCGUUCAUCCUGAGAUGGACACUUGCAUUAUCGUGGAAUACAAAGGUCAUAAAAUACUCAAUACAGUGGAUUGCACCAGACCCAAUGGGGGAAGGCUGCCUAUGAAGGUUGAUCUAAUGAUGAGUGAUUUUGCCGGAGGGGCAUCAGGCUUUCCGAUGACUUUCAGUGGUGGAAAAUUUACUGAGGAAUGGAAAGCGCAAUUCAUUAAAACAGAAAGGAAGAAACUCCUGAACUACAAGGCUCGGCUGGUGAAGGACCUACAACCCCGAAUUUAUUGCCCUUUUGCUGGGUAUUUCGUGGAAUCUCACCCAUCAGACAAGUAUAUUAAAGAAACAAACAUCAAAAAUGACCCAAAUGAACUCAACAACCUUAUCAAGAAAAAUUCUGAUGUGUUAACAUGGACCCCACGACCUGGAGCCACUCUUGAUCUGGGAAGGAUGCUAAAGGAUCCAACAGACAGGAAAGGCAUCAUAGAGCCUCCAGAGGGGACUAAAAUUUACAAGGAUUCCUGGGACUUUGGACCAUAUUUGAGAAUCUUGAAUGCUGCUGUAGGAGAUGAAAUAUUUCGUCACUCAUGCUGGAUAAAAGAAUACUUCACUUGGGCUGGAUUUAAGGAUUAUAACCUGGUGGUCAGGAUGAUUGAGACAGAUGAGGACUUCAGCCCUUUUCCUGGAGGAUAUGACUAUUUGGUUGACUUUCUAGAUUUAUCCUUUCCAAAAGAAAGACCAAGCCGGGAACAUCCGUAUGAGGAAAUUCGGAGCCGGGUUGAUGUUAUCAGACAUGUGGUGAAGCACGGCCUGCUCUGGGAUGACUUGUAUAUAGGGUUCCAGACCCGGCUGCAGCGGGAUCCUGACGUAUACCAUCAUCUGUUUUGGAACCAUUUCCAAAUAAAACUCCCCCUAACACCACCCAACUGGAAGUCCUUCCUGAUGUACUGUGGGUAGAGAGGACCUGAGAUUUCCCAGUUCACAGGGAUACCAAGCAACAUGAAAAAUUCAAGUAUUUACUGAUGCUACAUCUUGAACAUAGAAGCUUAUACCAAAGAGACCAUGCCUUAUUGACAUCAGCAGUGGAUAAUUACAUGUUGCAUUUGUGAAAUGUUCACAUAUCUUAUGUUUGUUGGAUCACUGCAUAGAUUAUUAAUAUUUUACUUAUUCCGUCCAUAAUUUUAUAUAAAAGAACCAAUGAACGCAAUAGGAACAACUUCUCUGUGGAAAAGAAAGAUAACAGAAGAUGUAAAUCCAAGCACAGAAGAAAUAGAACAGGUGGAGAAAAGGUUUCCUAGAAGACAGUGAAGAAAAAGGAAGAGAGGCUAUAAGAAGAAAAUAGGGAAGAGAAAAAAUUAAGAUGGAACUUAAAAAGGAGAAUGUAAAAACAGACAUUUUGUUCCUUAAUAGAUUGAUUCCCCAAACAGAGUCCAUGAAUCUAAUUGAGUAAGAAGUGUUCAUGACCUGUUUUCAAUUUUUCAAAAAGCUUUGUUGAAAUCAUCUAUUUACCAAAACAAGGCUGCAGAGGCUACCCUAAAAUGUAAUACUUUCGUUGGGGCUGAAAGUAUUUUAAUUCGGUAACAAAAUCUGUUAUUUAAUGUAAAUUAUAAAUUCUAACAAAUGGCGGUAUCUUUUGACUAAAAAUACGAACACUAGCUAGUGAUAAAGUGAGUUUUAUAGACAAUGAUUUUCAAAAUCGAUAGAAUAAUCAAAAAUAAAGACCCAUAUCUUGAAAAAAAUUAGGAAAUCCUCUUCUGAACAUUUGAAAAUGCUGUUGCAAUGGUUAAAAUAGGCAACUAAUUUAUUUCUGCUAAUGUCUGUAGUUUCUGAUGAUAUUCCCAUGAUUAUCACAUUAUCCCUAGGAAUACGUGAUUGUUAACUACAUUUCUAUUUUACAUAUUGCUCUUUCCAGUAACACAAACCCCUCAUUCAUCUGAACAUCAAAAUUGAUUUUCUGAUUAUGUAUACUACCUCUUUAAUUCUGAAGAAACAAGAAUCCAAUGAUGGAAUUUAUCUCCUUAAAUCUCUUGAUUAUCUACGUCUCAUAAAGAUGAACACCAAUGAAGUUUGAUGGCUCUGGUUCACUUAACACAUUAUGCAUAUAUUUUGUGAUUUACUUUAUGCAUAUAUUUUAUAAAUUAUUUAAUUAUCACCAAAAAAUAAAUGUAUAUCAACAGAAUAUGUGUUAAAAUGUAUAUGAUGAGCAAAUAAAAGAUUAUUUUAAAAUACGAA